AUGUAAGUGAUAUGGCUCAUAUAUAAAUCAUCUCUUCACUUUGGAAGCCAUUAACAUGUACUCAGUUUUCUGUUAAGCCUGAAAUUGCCAAAAUGGAACUUGUGGAGAGCAGUUCAGCGGCAUCUCAUGGACUUGAGAUAAUAGAAGCCAAGCCCCUGACGAUAUUGGCUCCUAUUAGAAGACGAAAAUGUAGAAAAAUUAACCCUCUGGAGUUAAAAGAUGCGGCAGAAAUGUAUGGAUUGCCGGAGGGAUGGCGAGUCGAGCAACGAGCACGUAUCAAUGCCAAAUACCAUGGCAAAGUUGACAAGUAUUUCUAUGAGCCGGUGACAUGGAAGCAAUUCAGGUCACUAAAAUCUGUUUUACUUUACUUGAGAUGGAGGAUGCACCGAAACCAGCAAAAAUCUGAGCCACCAUCACACUUCCGCCCUUUCAGGCGCUGGAACCAGGGAUCAAGCAAUGAACAAAGUCAAGAGAAGAAACGAGCUUCAGGCCUUAGCCUUGAUGAAUAUCCACCGGAAAAAAUAACAUGGGUUCUUAUGGACGAUGAAAGGCAAGACUGGAGCCCAUUUAUUGAAGAAACAAAGGUUCCAGAGAAAGUGAAGCACUGUUGGGCUGAAACUUUUAUGUUCAUCAAUGGUGUUUAAUUUAGGAAGAAAUCUCUUUAGUAAUGCUUUAAGAUGGCAAUAAAACAUACAGAACUUGUAGCUUCUGAGUCUCCAAUUUUAUGAUAAUAAGUCCAGUAGGCCGUGUGUUACUGUAGUUACUUUCUUUCUCCAUUUAUCAUUACUGGUUUUUUUCUUUUUUGGGUUA